AUGAGGGUACCGAUACGACAUCUACUUAUAUGCCUUGCCGUUUUCGACCACCCGGGAUUGGUUGUCGGAUCGCCCACUGAUGUUACUGGUAAAAUCGAGGAUGCUGAAAUACUCUUUUCUAAAGAGGGACCAACACCAGUGGUACUUCAACACUUUGAUCACGUAAUAAAUGACGUGCGAUCAUAUCUGUUGAGCGAAGCUGUUGAUUCAGGACACAAUGAAUUAAACAAAUCUUUGACACAACUACUUUUCAAACGUGCUUUGAUUGAAAUUAGUCUCAAGAAGGAAGCGUUGGCCAUAGUAGAUUUACAAGACGUUUUGAAGUUGGAUCCUUUAAUGAAGCCAGCAGAGAACAAGUUGGUGGAAAUCUUGGUGGCAAGGGGGGAUUUUAAUAAUUUGGAGCAAUACUUGAGAGAUGCCAGCAUAUCUAGUGAUUCACCUGCUUGGGAAGCAAUCAAGGUGUUUCAGCAUCAUUGGGCAUUGGCAGAAAGUCACUUUCGAGAAAAGAAAUUUGAGGAAUGUGUGCAAGAGCUCAAUGAAGUUGCGCUAGUGAGUAAUAAUAACUACGAAGUGUUCGAGCUUUAUUUGAAAGCAUGUUUGGAGUUGUUCAAAAGGGACUCUUUACAGAAGAUUGUUUAUUUAGAUGAAUCAGGCGUGAGCAUUAACAAGGCAAUUAUUUCACUACUACUGAAACUAAUCAAAAUAAAUCCGGUCAAGAAUCUUCAGUACUAUGCACUACUAUCAGAGUUUUAUCUUUUUAUUGAAGUUCAGUUUGAUCAAGCGUUCAAGGUUGUCAAGAAUUGUCUCAGAAUUGACAAUGACUUUAAGCCAUGUGGUGACUUGGCAAAAUUUUACUCCAAAUACUCAGGUUUCUUACUGGACUUGGAGAGUUAUUCGAUAAACAAUGGUCACAUCUACCCUGAAUUAGAGGUGGAGCACCAAAGCAAUUUCGAUAAAGAACUCACUGACUUGAAUUUUAAACAGAUCAAUGACUUUUUGUUUCACGAAGAUGUUAAAUUAUCCAGAGCUGAACAAAAGAAGUCUUCAAAAGUAAAGACGAAUUAUGAGUACUUGAUUGCGAGGGUGAAGGAAUUUGGAUUGUCCAAUGGUGAAUUGUUGUUUGAUACAGACUUGACAAAAUUGGCAUGUGAAUCUUUUAUUCAAAUUGGUGAUUAUAAAAAUGGCAAGUCAGUGUGUAAGGAUGUCAAGGAUAAAGAAUUUUUCCCUCUUGCAGUACCUGAGAUUGACCAACUAUUGAAGAAAAAGGACUUUCAAGGUGCAGAAAGGAAAUUGCUGGGAUUCAAUGGGUAUGUGAGGAAUACAAAAUUGUUUAAGGAUAAAUUGAGACCUAUUGAGGAGUAUCAGGCAAGAAUCAAUCAAGAGAGGCAAAGGCAGCAGCAACAGCAACAACAAAAAUUUUACAAACAGCAACAACAAAGGCAACAACAACAACAACAACAACAACAACAACAACAAAGACAGCAAUACCAACAAUUUAGACAACCUCAGAGUAAACCAAAGACUGAUUAUUACAAGAUAUUAGAUAUUGGAAAAGAUGCGGAUGAUAAGACUAUCAGAAAAGCAUAUAAAGCACAAACUUUAAAGUAUCAUCCCGAUAAGUAUAAAGGCGCUGAUUUGACUCCAGAACAGAUUGAGCAUAAGAUGCAAGAGAUCAACAAAGCAUACGAAGUGUUGUCUGACCCUGAGUUGCGAGAACGUUAUGAUCGUGGUGAUGAUCCUAAUGAUCCAAUGAGCGGUGGUGGUGGUGGUGGUGGUGGUGCGCAACCACAAUAUCGUGGGUCCAAUGGUGGACAGCAAUUUUCGUUUAAUUUUGGCAAUGGGGGUGGAGGUGGUUUUGGUGGGGGUGAUUUUUUCCAACAAUUCUUUGGUGGAAUGGGCGGUUUCGGAAGUGGUGGUGGUGGUGGGAAUCCAUUUGGAACCCACCAUAAGGUCAAGAUUAAAAAGAAUAAAAAGACUAAAAAGAAAACCCGUUGA